AUGGCAUUCAUGGUCCUAUAUGGAUACCCUUUUCUUCUUGCUUGUUAUAUUCUUCUUUCUCAAGCCGCCGCACAAAGCAAAGGUGAUGUCCUCGAUUAUGUCGACCAACUAAUCGGCACAACUAAUGGCGGACAUGUCUUUCCUGGAGCUAGCCUGCCGUAUGGCAUGGCAAAGGCUGUGGCAGAUGUUGAUAGCAGCGAAAACUACGGUGGCUUUGCCACGGAUGGUAGCAACGUAACUGGUUUCUCUCAUAUGCAUGACUCGGGAACUGGCGGGAAGCCAUCGAUGGGAAAUUUCCCUCUCGUGCCCCAACUUUGUCAAGAUGAUGACAUAGAUAAGUGCAAAUUCUCAAAAGGAGAUAGAGCAGUGCACUACGUUGCAAACAGUGUGAAAACACGGCCUGGGUAUUUUGCCUUGCAGCUGAAUAACGGCAUCAAUGCGGAGAUGACGGUCACAGAACAUACAGCGUUAUAUCACUUUACUUUCCCACAAAAUGAUGCGGGCAUGAAUGGAACUUCACCUGUGGUGCUGGUAGACUUGACCGACCUGCAGGACUCUAGACAAAAGGCUGCCAUUUCACUGGACGAGAAAACACUUAGAGUUAAGGCAAACGGAACAUUUCUACCCAGCUUCGGACUAGGUAGUUACGACUCCUUUGUCUGCGUUGAUUUUUCUGGAGCAGAAGCGAUAAACACCGGAAUAUACAUCAGUAAUCGAGCCGGGACGCAACCUAAGUCUAUCUCUGUGGGACGAGGAUUUAAUCUGUUCUAUGUGAAGGCUGGAGCUUUUGUACAAUUUCAGGCAUCGAGUGACGGUACAACCUUGAUUAAUGCUCGUGUGGGCAUGAGCUUCAUCAGCGAGGACCAGGCCUGUAAAAAUGCAGAGAGAGAAAUUCCGGGACCACAUUGGGAUUUUGACAAAGUCCGCUCCAAUGCUGAAAAGGUAUGGAGGGAGAAGUUUGGUUAUAUCUCAGUGAAAUCUGGAGGAGCCAGUGACAGCUUCCACCGAACAUUCUGGAGCGCAAUAUACCGCACAAUGAUCUCGCCGCAGGAUUAUACUGGGGAGAACCCACUUUGGAAAAGUGAAGAGCCUUAUUUUGACUCCUUUUACUGUCUUUGGGACUCGUUCCGUUCGCAGCUGCCAUUGCUCACCAUACUUGACCCUGAGGUGUUGGCAAAAAUGAUACGAAGCCUCCUUGAUACCUACAAGCAUCAGGGUUGGCUGCCUGACUGCCGCAUGAGUUUAUGCAAGGGAUUUACCCAGAGCGGGUCCAAUGCUGAUGUUGUCAUUGCCGAUGCAUAUGUGAAAAAUGUCACAGACAAAAUCGACUGGGACCUUGCGUAUGAGGCUGUUGUCAAAGAUGCUGAAGUUGAACCGCCAGACUGGUCUAUUGAAGGACGAGGAGGGCUAAUGAGCUGGAAAGCCCUUGGUUAUAUACCCGCACAAGACUAUGAUUACCUAGGAACCGGAAUCACAACGCGCAGUAUAUCGCGGACAGUUGAGUAUUCAUAUAAUGAUUACUGCAUCGGGGUAUUAGGAAAGGGACUAGAUAAGGAGUACGAGAAAUAUCUGGAUAGAUCCGGAAACUGGCAGAACUUAUUCAAGCCAGACCAGACAUCAUUUAUCAAUGGAAAGGACACAGGCUUUGUUGGGUUCUUUCAACCGAGAUACCAGAAUGGCUCAUGGGGAUACCAGGAUCCAAUCCUAUGCAGCAACAUUGCACAAUUUUGUUCCCUAACAUCAAACUCACAGGAGACUUUCGUCCCGCAUGACAUGUCGACACUGAUCAAUAUCCUUGGUGGUCCAUCAAAGUUUGUCUCUCGUCUAGACUAUCUCCAUGAGUCGGGUAUACUAUACAUAGGCAAUGAGCCAUCCUUCCUCGCAACAUUCCUAUAUCACUAUGCCGGCCGCCCCGGGCUCUCCGCUAGACGUGCACAUACCUAUAUUCCUUCCCUUUUCAACGACACCACCUCUGGGGUGCCUGGAAACGACGACUCGGGUGCAAUGGGGAGCUUCACUGUCUUUGCAAUGAUAGGCCUUUUCCCAAACCCGGGACAGAAUGUGUAUUUCAUUCUGCCUCCCUUCUUCGAAGCAGUCAGCAUUAAGCACCCAGUGACAGGGAAGACGGCAACUGUACGUAACAUUAAUUUUGACAGCGGGUACAAGAACGUGUACAUCCAACGAGCAACACUGGAUGGCAAGGAGUAUACCCGGAACUGGAUCGGGCACGAAUUCUUCCUGAAUGGCGGAACGCUUGAACUCACACUUGGAGAUAAAGAGAGCGCCUGGGGAACUGGACAGAGUGAUGUCCCGCCUAGUCUUGGAGCAGGUAUAAAAAGUGAUGGACUUCGGUUUACGGAGGUGGCAGAUCAAGGGCUUAAGAUGAAAUGA